CAGUAUCCAAGUGAGCUUUAAGAUGCGCAUCGAAAUUUUUGGGAUCGUGCUCGCAGCUUGCGUGGCGUCCUGCCUCGCCAAGUGCCAACGCAAAGAGGGUGAUAUAGCAGAGUCGUACAUAUGUGAAGGAAUCAGCAGUCUCACGGAAUUGAACGUCAUACCGACCUUAGCUCAGAAGAUCACGAUACUGAAUUCCAAAAUCCCAUCGCUGCCGGCAGACAGUUUUACGCGAUUCUCAGGAACGCUGAAUUAUCUGAACAUAACGCACUCCGAAUUGGAAAAAAUCGAGGACAACGCUUUCGCAAGAUUAUCGCUGCUUCGCGAACUGAUUCUCGAUUACAAUCGCAUUGCCGAAAUAAGGACGGGCUGGAUCAAGGACCUGCGAAACCUGAAGGUCCUUCGCGUCUGGCACAAUCACAUAAAACUAAUCGAACCCGAGGUAUUCGCUCACCUGCCGAACCUCGAACUCCUCGACAUCGCCUACAACCAGAUCGACCACUGCACACCGCUGGAGCAACUUGAAAAGCUUGAUAACCUCGAGAUCUUUUACGUUACCGGAAAUCCAUGGCCACUCAGGUGCCGACCCCCGGUGGUUUUCCACCUCGAACACAAUCACGUUCAGUUCAUACACAACUGGGGCAACGAUCACAUUCUGAUAGAGGAAUGCUUGGCUCACGAGUUCGGCGCCAAAUGGGAUGACCAAAUCUUGUACAAAUGUGUUGCAAAUCAUCUUGGCAAAUUGUCAGUCCCUCCCAUCGUUCCCGCUCAUUGAUAAACCGCCCGGUAUCCUGAUCGAUCAACGUCACAUGAGUACCACUUCGGAUUGUAUUGUUGUAACUGAUUGUAUACUUCGUAAUGUAGUCUUUCUCUUAUCCAAUGUAAUACUAUGUCUUACGUAGAUCGUACUUCCAUGUCUGUACAAUAGUUUUGUGAAAAUUGUCCUGACACUUGGACCCCAUAAUUGGGGUAAAUAACUGGGAAGGCUCGACUCUGUAAUAAACUUCUUGAUUCAUCAGA